CAAAGGGCAGGCAGAGGGGCUGUCACCCACCCGGGAGGGAGCCGUCGGUCCCCACAGCAGGGCACAGCACUUCAGGGCACCUCCAUCGCCGGGACUUGGCAUGGGCUGGGAGAUUUUGAGGCUCCCUGACGCUCGGAUCAAAGUCUCGCACACUUGCACCCCUGGCAGCUCAGUCCCGCUGUCCGACGCUGUCCCCAGGCAGAAACGCGGCGGUGGAGCGCAGCAUGGCAAAGAAGGUGGCAAUCAUCGGCGGGGGCAGCAGCGGGCUGUGCGCCAUCAAAGCCUGCCUCCAGGAGGGGCUGGAGCCCUUCUGCUUCGAGAGGACCGGCGACAUCGGAGGCCUCUGGAGGUUUGAGGAGCACCCCGAGGACGGCCGCGCCAGCAUCUACCGCUCCGUCAUCAUCAACACCUCCAAGGAGAUGAUGUGCUUCAGCGACUUCCCCAUCCCCGAGGACUUCCCCAACUACAUGCACAACUCCAAGAUCAUGGAGUACUUCCGCAUGUACGCCCAGCACUUCGACCUGCUCCGCCACAUCCGCUUCAGGACCAGCGUGUGCCGCGUGUCCAAGCGCCCCGACUUCGCCAGCAGCGGGCAGUGGGAGGUGGUGACGGAGAGCGAGGGGAAGCAGGAGGCGGCCGUCUUCGAGGCCGUGCUGGUGUGCAGUGGGCACCACACCGAUGCACAUCUCCCACUCAGUUCCUUCCCAGGAAUUGAGAAGUUCAAGGGCCGCUACCUCCAUAGCCGAGACUACAAGGAUGCUCGAGCUUUCACAGACAAAAGGGUUGUUGUCAUCGGGAUCGGGAAUUCAGGGUCAGACCUGGCUGUGGAGAUCAGCCAAACAGCCCAGCAGGUCUUCCUCAGCACCCGUCGGGGUGCGUGGAUCUUCAACCGUGUCGCAGAUCAGGGCUACCCCAUGGACACCAUCUUAACCACCCGCCUGAACACAUUCCUGCAGGGGCUGGUCAGCUCAUCCAUGGCAUGUGACUACAUGGAGAAGAAGCUGAAUGCCAGGUUCGAUCACUCACAUUACGGCCUGAAGCCAAAGCACAGGGUCUUUCACCAGCACCCCACUGUCAACGAUGACCUGCCCAACCGCAUCAUUUCGGGCAGGGUGCGGGUGAAGCCGAACAUCCAGGAGUUCACAGAGACAUCUGCCAUCUUUGAGGAUGGCACCAGGGAAGACGUCGAUGCCGUAGUUUUUGCCACAGGUUACAGCUUCUCCUUCCCAUUCCUCGAGAGCUGCGUGAAGGUGGUGGAGAACCAGAUUCCCCUCUACAAAUACAUGUUCCCCCCUGAGCUGGAGAAGCCAACACUGGCUUUUAUUGGCCUCAUCCAGCCCCUGGGAGCCAUCAUGCCCAUCUCAGAGCUCCAGUGUCGCUGGGCCACCCGUGUCUUCAAAGGGCUGAAUGAGCUGCCUCUGCAGCACGACAUGGAGGCUGACAUUGAGCAGAAGAAAGAAGCGAUGGCAAAGCGGUACGUGAAGAGCCAGCGGCACACCAUCCAGGUGGAUUACAUCCCUUACAUGGAUGAGCUCGCCUGCCAGCUGGGGGUCAAGCCCAACCUGCUCACCCUGUUCCUCACGGACCCCAAGCUGGCCAUGGAGGUGGCCUUCGGUCCCUGCACGCCGUACCAGUACCGGCUGCGGGGCCCGGGCGCCUGGGCGGGAGCCAGGGCCGCCAUCCUCAGCCAGCGGCAGCGCAUCCUCAAGCCCCUGCAGACACGACACGUGGAAGAGAGCACCUCAGCCCCUGCCAUGCCCCUCAUCUUCAAGCUGAUCGGGGCUGUGGCCAUCCUGGCAGCUGUAUUUGCUUACUUGUAGGUGCCCUGCAAACGCAGGAAGGGAGGCUUUUGUCCUGGGGUGACUCCCUAAACAAGGACAGCUUUGCAAUGUGCUGCAAGACUGGCUGGCCACCCCUGCCCCUUGGCAGCCUGUGCACCCCAGUGGUGGCAGAAACCUGCUUCUGCCUGGCACAGCUCAGCUGUGACCACACCAUGAACUAGGGAUGCACAGAACCUCCCCAGCUGCCAAAAUAACGCUUGGGAUCCUGCUCUGCACCUCCCCUUGGGGAAUGCUGUCAUGGACAGAGGAGGAAACCUGCUCGCUGCAGGCUAAAUUCCAGUUCCCCUAAGCCAGCGCUCCAGGCUUUUCUGUCCCCUGUAACCCAGUCAUGCCAAUUUUGCCACACGCACCAGAGCUAAGCAGCAAAGGCACAGCACACUUUUUGAGUGGAUAAAUGCAA